AGAAAAAAAACCCUCUGUUGAAAAACGAGACGUGAAGCGAAGCGGAGGCUACAAACUCACCGGCACCGGGGCCAGCGUCUACAACAAAGCCUCCUGUGGAAUUGAAUGAGAGAACAGCUAUAAACCUCCAGCCUCAGAGGGAGCAGACUCCAGGUUAACGGCCAGUGUGUUGCAGACAAGAAGCGCAGAUGGACACCAGGAACACCACUGAAGAGAAACCCGUCCAGCGAUCCAAGUCCUUCAGCUUUAAAACCCCAAAGGAAGUGUGCACAUCAUGUGAGAAGACAGUCUACCCAAUGGAGAGAUUGGUUGCCAACAACAUGGUCUUCCAUUCGACAUGCUUCUGCUGCAAGCACUGCAAUGCCAAACUCAGCCUUGGCACCUUUGCGGCUCUUCAAGGUGAAUUCUACUGUAAACCCCACUUCCAGCAGCUGUUCAAAAGCAAAGGCAACUACGAUGAGGGCUUCGGACGCAAACAGCACAAAGAGCUCUGGGCCUCCAAGGAGACAGAUAAUAUAACAAAGACGGCAUAAUCAUGUCUGCCUGUUGCCCCAUCCCUUGCCCUGUCUCUUCCUUUAUUUCCUCCCCUCCUUACACCUCCAAUACAUCACGAUGAACACGUGCCACAUGUACUGGGGCACUGUUAAAUCACCCACAUGCUCACUUGCUUUUGUAAGGCCGUAAGAACAGAUACAUGCACAAACAGACAGGAAAAGACUGGCCAGUCGUAAUCACUUUGAAAUAAUUUGGGGAUAACUCUAGGUUUGAUUUAAUAAAUGUGUAUUUUCUUA